GAGGAGGGGGGGAGAGAGAGGGAAGGAGAAGGGGGCGCGUCUUCUCGUCCGAAGGACUUUUGCCUCCCUUACAGAUAAAGCGACCCGCUUUGAAACGGAGCGGCGUUUGUCGCGCGCUGUUUCCCACGGAGCUCUGACGGCAAAAGUGAAGUUCGCCUCUCCCCGAGCGGGAGCUUUGGCGUAGCGUCGGCGCCAUGCUAUGGAGAACCGCGGCUCCGCAGUCCUGAGUUUGGGGCAACUUUUUGCUCCCUUUGGGGAGCAUCAGCCCGACGAACAACCUGCAUUAGCCCCGGCAUGGCGAGAAGACGCCGAGGAGGACGCGGCAGCGGCGGAGAACCCCGCAGAGCAGCGACAGCAGCAGCGGGACUGCGCGGUCGCAGCCGCCCGGGAGAAGGACGAGGAGGCGCUGCUGGAGUUGCGCCGUCGCCGCGGACGCUCCUUCUCGCUGCCUGACAGCCCGUCUUUGGCAGCGGCGCGGUUCUUCCAGAGAAGGCAAAUCCCGGGCGACAGCGACGGGAGCGAGGAUGACGAGGCGGCGUCGCCGACGGGGGGCAUCCGCGGCUGCUGCACCAAGUGCAAGAAGCGGGUGCAGUUCGCCGAUUCCCUGGGCUUGUGCUUGGCCAGCGUCAAGCAUUACAGCGCUGCCGAGGAGCCGCAGGUGCCUCACGCCGUGCUCUCCCGCUUGCAGAGCUUCCCCAUGCGGCAGAGGGACUUCGAGGACUUCACCGCCGCCCUGGCCGAGUUGGGGGGUUGCGCGUCGUCGUCGUCGUCUUUCCCUCGGCCGCCGCCUCAAGUCCCGCUCCGGCUCACGCCCCCGUUGGAGGGGGCGGACGAGCAAGUCAGCGGCGAGCGGCUGCGGCGGGACUGCGUCUGCCUGGAGGAGGUGGUGGGGACUGCAUUGGCCGGGGCGCCCACGGACGUGCGUGGCGUGGUGAGAGUGCUGAGUUGCCCCGGCUCCAAGGAGGUGACGGUACGCUACACCUUUAACGAGUGGCUUUCUUUCCUGGACGUCCCCGCUCUGCCGCUCCCGGAUGGGGACCCUUCGGGUGGCUCCGCUCCGAUCGAGCGUUACCAGUUCUCGCUCUGCCUUCCACCUGGUUUGCCAGACGGGACGGCCGUGCAUUUCGCUAUCUGCUAUCGAAGCCAGCAAGGGGAGCAUUGGGACAACAACGGCGGGACCAACUAUACCCUCCGCGAUUGCAGCACCGAGAAAUCUGCAACUCCCCUGUGAUGAGAUUCGGAGCCACUGCGACUUGGGUGCCAACUGGCUCUUGAGAGAGCCUGAAAUUGUUCCAGAAACCAGCCUAAUUUGCCUUGCAUUACCGUCUUCCGGAAUCCUGCAACGCAACAUCCUAAGGGCUGAACCCUAUCCACGACUCGCCUUUGCCCCUUUCUUCCUUCUAGCGGCUCAAACUAUCGAGAUCGCCAGCCCGCCCGCCCGCCAGCCCCUCGCACUUUAGCCAUCGUGCCCACGCCAGCUUGGUAAGCCUUGCGGGCUUCAAGUUUUGGAUCGAAGAGGCAGCCGAAUGGGAGAAUCGUGGUCGGGCUUAGGAAAAGAGAAGUGUGCGUCUUAGAAAAGUAGAGUUUAUUGUUACAAGAAUCCUGAAUAUUUCUGGCACUUUCAGCCAGGAAAAAAAGAAUGCUUUGAGACUCAUUGGACAACAGUUCUGGCAAAGUCUCCUUUGCAGCAUGGGUAUCUGAGUGGGGAUAUAUCCACUUUUGGGUAUGAAAAAGAGAAUGAACUACAGUAGGACUGGAACUUUGUCCCCUUUAAAGUCAUGCGUGAUUUGGGCUGCUCUUUCCUGGUUUUGGCAGUGACUUCUGAAAAACCUGAAAGAAUGCUGCCCGAAUUCAGAAUACUUCUCUGGAAAUUGGAUAACUAGAGUGAUGAAGAAUAUAUAUUUUUUAAUUUGAUUGAAUGGGGUUUCCCCCUUGCCUAUUGUGCCUUAGAACAAAGCUUCUUUAUAAUUGCAGCUAUGAAAUUAUAAUGUUACAUUUGCAAUGUAUCAUUCCAUAAGGAAUGACUACUGUCAUUUUUAUUGUAAAUGAUAGGUAUGUUGGAACCUACUUACUUUCAAGAUUAUUUACAUUUCUUAGCAGAAAUUGAUCAGGGUCUUGAAGAAAUGAUGUUUAGUUUGCAUUGCAAAUUUUAGUGUCUGCUCCAUGAUUCAGGAAUCACAUAUUUUAAAAACAAUAUAUAUUCUAUUUGAAAAUA